UUUUUUUUCCUAUGAUUUUCCCAUCAAAAUUUGUUUCUUUUCUAUUUUUGGCUUAUUUUGUUGAGUAUAGAAGCAGAAUUUGCGUCGUAGAAAAAUAUGGGUAUGGGUUUUUUUUUUAUUGUAUUUUUUCUGUUUUUAUUUAUUAAUUUCUUGCUGGUUUUCUGGGUGGUUUUGUAGCUGGUUUUGUUGUAUGGGUAGUGCAUACAAGCACCAUUUGCUCUGUAGAAAUUUGUUGCUUUUUUAUUUAUUAUUUCUUACUGGUUUUGUGAUAUGUGUUGCGCAUAGAAGCACAAUUUUCUCUGUAGAAUUUUUUUUUGCUGGUUUUUUUAGUAGAAGAUUCCAUUUGUUUAAAGGUAGAAAACAAAUCAGUGACAGUCAAGGUUUCAAAACACGCCUCGGACUCAGGACUCGGUCCUGGCCCAAGCCGGCAACUGAGUUCUGCUCCACUCCAAAAAGGGCUUGGGAAAAAGAAAAAGAAAACAGUUUCCAAAAAAUAGAAAUGCCAUUAAACGAGGAAAAACACCUUAAUGUAGAAGGCAAAGAUGAAUCAUGAUACAAAUGAUGGGAAAAAUCUAAGCAUUGGCAGAUAGUCAUACAGUUUAACAAAAAAACUGCAUUCUAACCAAAACCAAGAAUUUAUGGGUCAAACUCUCAAAUUUUCUAGGCUUUGAUCCAACAAAUUAGUAUGGGGAUCUUGAAAAGAAUUAAAUCACAUUCAACUAGAGCCAAGUUUCAAUGGAUUUGGAUAAAAAAUGAGGCAGAAAUCAAAACUGCAUUUCAUUCCCCAAUACCGAGAAUUUUUGGGCCAAAUCUCUCAAUUUUUAGGCUUUGAUCCAGCAAAUUAGUAUGGGGUCUUGUAGAAGGUUGAAUCACAUUUAAUUUGACAAAAUUCGAUAAAAAAUAAUAGAGAAAUCUAAGCAUUGAUGGAAUGGAGUAGGGUUCAAAAAAAAGAAAAAACAAACUGGUUUAUUUCACCAAAAGAAGAAGAAGAAAAAGACGAAGAAGAAGAAGAAGAAAACAAAGAUGAACUCUCUAUGCAUUGAUCAAAAUCAAUCAAUUUUGUUCAAUUUUGAUCAACGAUAGGGCUUAAUAUAACCCAAGUACCCAACAAAUAAUUGUAUUGAUCAAUUAUAGAUCAAAAUGGCCAAAAGUUACAGCAUAAAUCUGUAAAAGCAGCUGACCAAAACAGGUUACCCACCUAGCGAGUAUGUAGAGCUAAACCUGGCUCAACUUCCUGCCAAGGCCAAGUAACUGAGUCAAGUCCGAGAUGACUUGGUUGAGUCUUUGAACACUGGUGAUGGUGGUCAUUGGGAACAGCAAUCAUUGAUCGAUUCAGUGUUACAAUCUUUAGAUGUUAGCAAGUUCUUGCCAUGCUGCCACACAAUGCACUUCAAAAGCAGAAAAACAAAGUUGGGUUUUGAAUUCAGGAAUCAUGUUGUACUACGAUUGGAGAGAUAUUUUGAAGAUACAGAAAUUCAGGAGACUCGUGUCAUACGCUGGAUUCUACUGUUUCACCGCUGUUCUAUCAUAUGCCUACACAAGCAACACGACUAGAGCAGGAAUUUCCAGAGGAGAUCAAUUUUAUGCUUCCUAUCCAGCUGGUACGGAGUUGUUAACAGACACCGCGAAGUUAUAUAAAGCGGCCCUCGGCAACAUUUUUGAAGAAGAGGAUUGGGGUCCUAUUGAGUAUUCUAUUAUGGCAAAGCAUUUUGAGAGACAAGGCAAACCGCCUUAUGCAUAUCAUGCACAAUACAUGGCACACUUGCUUUCCCAUGGACAAUUAGAUGGUGCUGGAUCCUAAGAGAAUAUUUGCCCCUUACUAAUGAGAAUCAGUGUGCAGUCUCUACCGGGCAAAUUUACUAGAUGUAUCCAUUUUUAAUUUUAUUUGCUGUGUUCUUUGUAAUUUUAGAAUUAUGAAGGAACACCUUCAUUGUAGUAAGUUAGAAAGCACAAUGUGAUAUGCAAGAUCAGUCAGUUAUGAUCUCAUUGUGCAUUAAAAAUUCCUUUUGCGCCCUUCUUUUU